GUCGACACCUAUUCAAAUAGUUGUUUACAAUGUUGGUAAAAUUGAGAAUCGUAUGUUAUGACUCAAGUUUUGUUGUAAACAACGCAUUUAAUUUAAGAUCUGAACGCAACUGAUCAACAUGGAAAAGAAGAAUAACUUGUGUAUGCACACCAUUGCAAUUGCCUUUGCUCUGGUGAUUGCUGUCUUGUCUUUUGUAUGCUCAAUUGUACUAUACAACGAAACACAAAAACAAAAUGGUGGGCCAGUCGAACUGGAUGCUAAAAUAGUCAAAUUGAAUAACGAACUGUACCAAAUGAAAUACGAUCUCGUUCAAGUAACCGGUGAGCUUAUUCAGGUCAAACAUGAACUUGGCAAAGUCAAAGAUGAGUUGCUUCAACAACAAAACGAAUCUCGAAAUGAAGUUUUUAACGUGAAUGUCGAAUGUCUGAAAGUAAAGAAUGAACAAAAAGAGGCGCAGUUACGUAUUGGUGAACUUGAAACACGAAUACAGCAUUUGAUCAGCGCCAAAGAUCAGAAUGAUGAAAAAACGUAUUUUAACACAACAUUGAAUAGAAUAAAACGACAAACGACAGCAGCAGUCGCAGGCUGCGAUUGCAAUGGGCGAGAUGGUAGAGAUGGAUUAGUUGGACCACAAGGGCCACCCGGCCCAGAAGGCAAACCUGGUCCCCAAGGUAUCCCGGGGGCACAAGGUACACCAGGGGCACAAGGCACACCAGGGGCACAAGGCACACCAGGGGCACAAGGCACACCUGGAGUGCAGGGAGCAAGUGGCAGAGAUGGUAGGGAUGUUGUAAUUGGACAGGGCUUAUCCAUUAGUGAUAUGAGUAACUUACUUGAACAGCUACAUAUUGCUGCACCAUACAGUAACAAAUCCACUGAUGCGCAGGGUCCCCCUGGUCCACGAGGCCCAAGAGGUUUAGCAGGUGGCGCUGUUUAUACAAGAUGGGGGAGAACCACAUGCCCAAGUGGUGUUGAGAAAGUGUAUUCAGGUAUCAUCGGAAAAUCACAUUAUACUACCAUGGGAUCAGGAGGUAACUAUCUGUGUCUACCCAAGGUACCUGAAUGGGGAUACACUAUGGCUGGUACACAGUCAAAUAGUUAUAUCUAUGGAGUAGAGUAUGAGCUUCGCUAUGCAAACAAUCCAUUUCUUACUGACAACUUUCCCGACCCUACACAACCGGCUAGUUGGCUCCAUGAACAUGAUGCAGUAUGUGCUGUUUGUAGAGUCCCCGAGAGGAGCAGCCAUUUUAUGCUACCUGCAAUGAAAUCAUGCCCUGAUUCUUGGACUAAGGAAUACAGUGGAUACUUAAUGAGUGCACAUAACUCCCAUCAAAAGUCUGAGUUUAUUUGCGUUGAUGAAGCUCCCGAAGCUGAUGGAGGAGGUCAUGAAAACAAGAAUGGGGGUCUUCUGUAUGUGGUAGAAGCCAUUUGUGGUUCUCUUCCUUGUCCAAAAUAUAUCAAUGGAUAUGAACUCACGUGUGCUGUAUGCACGAAGUAAAUUCGACUGAUAUCUGAUAUGAACGUACUACUUUGUAUUGCACAUGAACUGACAAUGAAAAUAUUGUGUUAUUAAAUUACAGUUAAACCAACAGAUACAGCUUACCUUAUAGAGAGACCUUAUACCUGAUAUAGAGAUUCCGCACAACGGGCCAUAGCUUAAACGUAUCCGCAUCUCAUUUUAAUUGAUCUACUCACUGAAAACCAAUAGCUGUUAAAAAUGGCAUUUUCAUGCUAUUGAAAAUAGCUGAAACUAAAUGAAGAUGGACAAUGAGAAUGGAC